CUUGCAGUUUCCAGCACUGAACCCCACUACAUUAUUUUGCAGCACGGUACUGUUACAAGAAGUGGAUAUUUUGUCCAUCAUUCAGACAUUCUUAAUUUAUGCAAUUCUUGGCCACACACACACACAGGCACACAUUCAUGUAUAUAUACACACUCGCAUGAUCAUGAAUUGUUAUAUAUAUAUCCUGAUUGCAAGAAACAUACAUAAUUCAAACCCUUUGUGUCGUCUAGACCUCAACAUCCAUCGCAUUUCUCAGCUCUUCCAUUACCCUCUAACGUCUCAACACUACAAGCUUAGCCUGGUGGACGACAGAUUCAGACGGGUGCUUUUGUCUUUUCAUCCUUUAUCGUAAACAGUACAGUGAAGAGGUACGAGGAAGAGACCGAAGAUGGGAGUUUCAGGGACUCUGGAGUACUUGUCUGAUUUGCUCGCCGGCAGCGGCAAGAAGAAGAAGAAAAAGCAGCUGAACACUGUUGCUGUGAAGAUCAGAAUGGACUGCGAAGGCUGUGCACGUAAAGUCAAGAAAGCACUCUCCGGGGUUAAAGGAGCAAAAUCAGUGGACGUGGACUUGAAACAACAGAAGGCAACAGUGUACGGCUAUGUGGACGCCAAGAAAGUGCUGAAAGCAGCUCAGGCCACCGGCAAGAAAGUAGAGCUCGAUGAAAAUCCAAACGCCUGCUCCGUCAUGUAG